AUUUUUUUUCUUCUAGCACUCUGUGUAAUGUUGCUGCUGGUGCAAAUUUGUUUUUCCACGCGCUCCAUAGAUAGACAGAACAGUAUAAUCAUAAAUAGCGUCUAUCACUGUCUGAGGGUCCCACUUUCCACUCAUUUUUAUCAAAUCCACCUUUAUUUCAUUUUCAAAUCCGUGGGGUGACCACAACACCACUAAACUUAUUUUUUUAUUUAUUUUUUUUAUAUUUCCAUUUUCUUUAUAUAAACUAAAGUAAUGUGCUCACUACCAAAGUUAUAGCUUUUCAUAUUCAAUAGUGCAAAAUCAAAUUUUGAGGAUUUUUUCUUUGUUCAAAAGACAAAGUGAUACCCUUUUCUUGGAUUUGGAUUUGGAUUUGGAUUUGGAUUUGAAUCAUACAUAAAAAAAUCUAUUUUUGAGUGUGAGAAGAUUCACAAAGACUAAUUUCUCAUGGAGUAUGAUGAAUAUGUGUAUGGUGAAAUUUUUGAAAACUUGAUAGUCAACAGUUAUAGUGGAAGUGUUCUUCUAUAUUGAGCUAGUUUGUUGCAGAAUUCAUAGUUUUUGUGUCAAUUUUAUAGAAUUAUUUUCUUGGAAUUUGGCUUUAAGUUGUUAAAAUGGCACAAAAAAUGGAAAUUGUGAGCAUUUCUGGUUAUAAUUGAUUUCGACAGUACGGCUAAACAAAUUUACUUUGUUAUAGUUUUUUGUUGGAAGAACCAAGUUAUGAUUAUUAUGUUGCUUAUUAGUACAAUAGGACCAAUGAUAAAAAAGAGAGUUGGUUUGAGAAUUAAACAAGCUGGUAGAGGUUCAUACAGAGGAAGCUAGGUGUAUUGUGUGUUUUGUUUGAAAAUUGUUGUUGUUGGUUGUUGUUGUCUUUUGUGUUUCUUAUUUAUUUUACAAAAUAGUCCUGCAAAAGUAGAAAAUGGAAGUUACUUCAAUUACACAAUUGUUGAAGAGCUUUUGUGAUGCUAUGCAAUGGCAGUAUGCUGUGUUUUGGAAGCUUAAUCAUCUUUCUCCGUUGACUUUGUACUGGGAAAAUGGUUACCAGAAAAGUAAUCAGUCUUUGGGGAGUAUGUGGGGGGACAUCAGUUUCGAAUCCCCGGAUGAUGUAUAUUCUUCAAGGAGUGAAGGAACUGAUGAUUCAGGAGAUUAUUCAGUUCGACUUCUCAUGAUCGAAAUGUCUCAUCGAAAAUACAGUUUGGAAGAAGGGGUUGUUGGCAAAUUAGCUCUUGCCAAGGAACAUUUUUGGGUUUCAUCUGAGGAUAUUUUCACUGGUAAAUUUGACACUAAUUUAAUUCCUGAGUGUCCUGAUGAAUGGAUUCUUCAAUUUGCAUCAGGCAUCAAGACUAUUGUGCUGGUACCAGUUCUUCCACAAGGAGUGUUGCAAUUUGGUUCAUUUAAAACGGUUGCCGAAGACCUCAAAUUUGUUACCAAUAUCAAGGAGCAAUUCAAUUUCCUUCACUGUCUGGAAGCUAAUACUUCAUCUUUAAACUUUGGAACUGAUUCUCAAGAUUGGUCAUUCUCAGCUCUAUCGCAUUACUUGAUGGAUAGCUUCGACGAAUCUUCGUCAGCUAGUACUUCUCUCAAUAUGAAUAAAUCAACGAGAUUUCCUCAGGAUGAUGACUAUUGGUUGUCGAGGGAAAUUCAGCCAAAAUCUCUUAAAAGAUCACAUGAAAAUGAGAUGGUUUCCUCAUCAUUUGAAACGUCAAUUGAUCCAAAAUAUAUUGGUUAUGUGGAGAAAAAAUCAAAUCAUUUGGUAGAAGAGAUAUGGCCCUGGUCUCACUUUGUCGACAAUGAAGGAAAGUUCGGUGAGAUGUCAAAUGGAUUUAGUUCUUACUCUGAAAAUAAUAUGACUGAGCAAGAAUUUGGAGGCACUGAAACUGGUCAUGUUGAUGUUAAGAAUUUCAAUUUCAACGACUUCUCAACUGUUCCUUCAAUGAUUGAAUUGGACAGAGCAAUUGGAUCUGUUGCAUAUAGACAGAAAGGAAAAUCUAUACCAAAAUAUAUCUCAGAUGAGGAUACUUUCAGCAGUUCAACUUUAAUAUCCAAUAAAAAGCAACAUGAUCAUAUUAAAAGUUUUGAGUUUCCUGAAGGAACAGAUCCUGAAUAUCUAUUAGAUGCGGUUGUUGGCAAUUUAUACAGCGCCUCUGAUGAUACUUCAUGUAGAUCGAACAGUGUUAGGUCUCUUGUAACAAUGCCGUCAGAGUUUACUGUCCCCAUUCAACCAAAAAUCUAUUCUGAAGAAAGCAACAUGUUUCUGAAAAGUUCCGAUGUUGGAAGUGAUCUUAUGCCUCCGGUUACAGCUAAGGGUAAAGAUGUAUUCACGAAUCAUUAUACAUCAACUUUUGAUGGAAACUCAAGCUUAUUGGUUGAUGAGGAACCACAGGAAAAGGUCAAUAGUCAUAUGGAACCUAUUAGUCGACCAAAGGUCUCUAGUGCGAGCAAGAAAAGAGCAAAAGUAGGUAACAACAAAAAUUCAAGGCCCAGAGAUAGACAGUUGAUCAUGGACAGGAUGAAGGAGUUGAGGGAACUUAUCCCAGAUGGUGGGAGGUGUAGCAUCGACAACCUCUUGGAACGAACCGUCAAGCACAUGAUGUACUUAAGAAUGGUAACAAGCCAGGCUGAGAAACUGAAACGAUUUGCUGAUUGUGAGGUACCUGAAAGGAAAAGGCAGAAAACAAAUGGCAGCCAUCCUGGAAGAAGCUGUGCAUUUGACUUUGAAAGUGAACAAUCAUGGCCCAUAGUCAUAGAAGAUUUGGAAUCCUCAGGUCACAUGCUCAUAGAGAUGGUAUGCAAUGAGCAUGGACUUUUCUUGGAGAUUGCUCAGGCGAUCCGAAGACUGGGCAUUACCAUCUUGAAAGGGACGUUAGAAAACCGUUCAAGUACCGGCUGGGCUUGUUUCAUUGUUGAGGUUCCAAGAGGUUUUCACAGGAUGGAUAUUUUAUGUCCUUUACUGCAUCUUUUGCAGCUUAGGAGAAGUCCUGUCUCAUAAAAUGGUGAUCCUUCAUUCUUAUAUGAGGGAAAUGUAGCUUGUCCUCUGUUUUAAAUGACAAGCUCGGUUUUAUAAACUAGCAGUUAAAAUAAUUGUGUGAAUUAUGACUAAUAGUGCAAAUAAUUGGGUUGAUAAUGAUACUUUCAGAUUCUCAGCAGUGUUUCUGUAGCAUUUGUUUUGAUGAUUGGCUGAAUAUGUAAACAAUAAUGCUACAGGGGUGUUACUGUCUGUGAAACCAAGACUAACUAGUUUUGUAGACAUUUCUAGUGUGAUAGUAUAUUACUUAAUUUGUAGUGUGAUAUAUUAUAAAAUAAUGUUUUAUCAUUUACAUAUUUUCAAUUCUCUAGAUAAAUUUUUGGA